AGAUCAUCCCAGUACAGGUGCUCAAACUGCAAUAGAACUAGAUAUAAUUCUUGCAAGUAGUAGUAAUAUCAAUAAUAUUAUUAUGGAUUCUGACUCUAGUUCAGAUACAGACUCUUCUAAUAACAAUUCUUUAGAUAAUAACUCUAAUCCUGAGGAAAGCUCAUCUGAAUCUGAAGCUGAUAUCAAUGUCAAUAUCACGCAUUUAAAAAAAAAGUAA